AUGAAACGAUUGGUAGCUAUUGUUGAUGACCAACUGAGUAAGAAACGCCUUCCAUCUGUGCAUCCUCACCAUUCCAUGCUUUACCCACUGACGCACCAGACUCGAAUUGCCAUCGCAGCAAAGCAUGCCCAGUUGUGCACUGAAAAAGUAGCAAUGCUCAAUCAUCCUCCAUUCAACUAUCCAGAUCGCUUGAGCGUACGCAAUGGUGUUUCACGUCUUCGCAUCGGAUACGUAUCAUCUGAUUUCGGCAACCAUCCUACUAGCCAUCUGAUGCAGUCAAUUCCUGGAAUGCACGAUCGUUCAAGGAUAGAAGUAAGUCAUCUGGUUUUGAGCCUGAGUUUGUUUCUCUGCAUUGUUUCGAAAUUUUUUUCUUUGAUAAUUUGUUACUUUCAAAGGGAGUUACUCAACUUAGGUCGGCCUUUUGAAAUGAAACACACUUAUCUAAAAUCAGGUCGAAACGCUGUUUCCAAACAUGCUGUCCUUAGCUGCGAAGCAUUCCUCUAAAA